UAGUUGCUCGUAAUGUACAAAAUACAAACCAAAUAAAAAAAAUGAAAAUUGUAUUAUUUGAAAAAAACUUUAGUUACUCUUUAAAUUUUUGUUUCAGGAUUUAUACCAAAGAAAAAAGGAUUUCAAUCAGAGGCUCUGCCUCGGCCAUUACCAACAAUGUUUCUGUAAAUAUUUCUGAAGACCAAAAUAAUCCAUUUAGUCUAGCCGUAAUAAAUCAACAGAAGAUUCAUAUUGUCUGUAGUGAAAGUUCAGAGGCCGAUGGUGACUACUGUUUAGAUACCAAAACGGAUGUUACUCAAGUCCACUGGUGUACACUAGGUUACAUGAAUUGUCUAGUAUUAACUUGUUCAGAAGGUUUAAUUAUCUACAAUUACAACGACCAUUUUAAACGGGUAUAUUCACACAGUUGUGAAGAUAAAACAACUAAAGAAAAAUUUGCAAAAGGCAUUGCGACUUUUGAUUGUACAUACUUAUGUGUUGGCAAUAGUAACGGAUCAAUAAGGGUGUUCGGUCCAGACGAACAGGGCCAAAUAAUGUUUAUUGACAGAAAAUUAAUACACGGAGCUCCAAUAACAGACAUGGCAUCGUACAAACACAAUUUAGUGUCAUGUGAUGAAUCAGGUUAUACUGUCCUAUCAAAACUAGAUUGUGGAGAAUUGGUGAUCGUUGCCAGAUCCAACGGUUUUGAAGGACAACCUUGUACAACUACAGAAAUAACGAGAACAGGACUAAUGGCUGUGGGUUAUAGUUGUGGAAAAAUCAGGGUGUUUGAUCCAGCCACAAGAAUACCAAAUGUAGAUGCUGAAGAUCAACUACCUGUGUGUAUUCAAGUGUCGGCUCACGCUCGGUCAGUAACAGCAAUGUCAACUGCCAAAGAUGCAGAUCUUUUAAUAUCUGUAUCUGAAGAUUCUUGGAUUCGGGUCUGGAAAAUCAACCUCACAGUAGUUACGUUAGCAUACUGUUACAUGAGGGAAGAUUCCAUGCUGAUAGGAUGUCAGUUUAUCACAAGGAACGGUUCGAAAUUCUGCACAACGACAUACAAUUCUCCUUAUGUUACGUGUUAUGCAUUAGACCAAUAGAUUCAUCAAGUCAUCGACAUGAAUAAUUAGGGGAAAAUAUAAUUAAAGAAACAAAAGCAGUAUUCCGACGGUAAAAAAUGCAUGUAAAACAAGACAUUGUAUUUUUAUUGUAUAAAGUGACUUAAAUUAUAAAAAAAAAAUGUAUCUGAUAUUAAACAACUAUGUUACUUUAUAAUAUUUUGACGCAUUUCGUCGGUGACAAAUAGGACCUUAAAAUUAAAUUUAAAACAUCUAUUACAAGAAUAAGGUCAGAAAACAAAAAAAAAAACAA